AUGGCAGGGGUGAAUUCCACUCAGAGUCAACAGGGAGUCGACAUGAACGAGCUGUACGACGUCGACAAUGUGACAGCCGAGCAGUCCGAGCGGUUGAUCUUCGACGCCAAGAGCAACUCGUGGGACAACAACACGGUGCAGGUCAAGGUGGCGAAGCGCAUGUUUGCGCACGGCCAACAGUACGGGUGCAUAAGGAUGAAGGACACAGAUGACGGAUCGGUGAGAGUGUUGAAGAAGGCCUUCAAACAGAUGCCCGAGGAGUUCAUCUACGACAGCGUCAAGAUCCAGUCGCUGGCGUUUCUCUGUUGCAACCUGUUCGCCGUCAAGUCUAACUAUCUCUUCAAGGCAAGCUUCUUCCAGAAGACCAUCUACCGCCUCCUUCAGCGACCCAACCAGCCCCUGAUCGUCACUGAGCCUCUCCUCGACAACAACGGCAAGUACGACAAAAGCACGGUAGCCCUGCUCCCCAAGACAGCUUCGUCGGAGGACGUCAGGCAGAGCCACAUGUGGGCUGCGUUUCAGUUCUUUACGUGGAAGCAGUCGCAGCAGGGGAUGGUGUUCGAAAGAGCCUCCCUUGUCAACUCCACGCUGUGGUCCGACCCUGUCCUCCACAGCAGCGACAGAUCCCUCGGCGGCGCCUUGGACGGAGGGCAGGAGGCCAUAGAGGAAUGGCAAGGGUCGUUCAUGGAGCGAUACUCGACCCUCCUCAACCUCCGAGCGGACGAGAUUGAGUCGCUAGACAUCGAGACUUUGCUGCAGCUCAUGAACGAGAAGAACCUCUUCUCGGGCAAACCUCAAUCUCCUGCUCCUGCUCCUGCUCCUGCUCCUGCUCCUGCUCCUGCUCCUGCUCCUGCUCCUCCAGUGGUGGAAGCGGCGAAGGAGGAGGGCAAGGAUGAAAAGGUCGUAGAGCCCCCGCAAACGGUGGUGGAGGAAGCAGCAGCAGCAAACGACAUGGAACCUCAGGUGGAGGAGAACGUCAAGGCUGCCGCUGCCGUACCUGCACAAGAGGAGAAGAAGCAGGAGGAGGACAAGCAGGAGGAGGGAGGCUCGGCUGUCAAUCAAGCGCAGUGGGCGAAGGAGCUGCUGCAGAAGCAGGCAAACUCGAAGUUUCAGAGCGAACAGAAGUUCGACGUCGCGUCAGUGGAGGAGCAGUCGCAAUGGGCUCGUGAGCAGCUGCGGUCGAAGGCUACAGACCCGUUGAUAGACAGUCCCAGGACGAAGACUCAAACCAACAAAGCACAGGAUACACCGCACGAGCUCGAGCAGAGCAAGAUUUCAUCGCGAGCUCCCGUGGAGGCUGACAAGGACAUGAAACUGAGUGCUCCUCCUCCUCCUCACCUUGUCAACGAGCCCAAGCAAGAUCCUUCGCUCCUGGCCCCAGAGUCCAGCAAGAGUGAAGCGGAAUUUCCUCCCGGCACACUGGCAGCGAAACUAGCAGAAGCAGAAGCUUUGCACAAAGAGCCAGAGCCGAAGACGAUUUCUCCUCCCAUUUCUCGCGUGCUCGAGGAGCGGGUGUUGGCCGCUCCAGUGUCCGGGCCCGCUCACAAGGAGGCCGUCCCAACUCAGCCGAUGAUGUUCCCAAAGGAAGAGCAGGUCAAGGAAGUCAACUAUAGCAUUGGCAGAGCAUCGGCUCCGUCAAGAGAAGGCGACUUUGGGAUGCGCUGGGACUUUUUCGAGGCAUGGAACCAGCAGAAUCUGAUGCCGACCUCCAGGAGGGAAAAAACUCCCGUCGAAGACGUCCUCGAGCCAAAGCCCAGCAACCGCGCUCAGUGGUUCAUCUCCAUGGAAAACUCGUCAGUCUCCUCGGCUGGUACCCGCGACGCUCCCACAGUCAACUGGAACUACUACAAGAAGGUCACGCACUCUCAGAAAUCCAACGGAGCAUCGCUCGGAUCUCGAGAUGCUCGGGUGGACCAGUACAUUUGA